AUGGAGUCGAUAGUGUUUUGUUCCGAGUUUUGUAAACACGACUUAAUGACGUUUAUUGCAGGUCGUCCGCACUACCCGUGCUGGAACCAAUGAAGUGGCAUCGCGACUUGCCGCCUGUAGGCUGUCACCAGUAGCGUUACUGUGCUUCCCUGUGGUCCUGGCAUGUGCUGCAGUGCCAUGUGUUGAGCCAUGUACAGCGGCGGUGUCAUGGAGGAACGGAGGGACUAUGUGACUCUUUCCCUGCCGGCCGUACUAUUGCCUCCUCCUGCUGCUGCUGCACCUUCCCGCUCCUGGAGGAGGCGAUGGAAACAACUUCCACGUCUGCAGAGGGUGGUGGUGGUGAUGGUUGCUGUAGGCCUACUGGUUGGAGUAGCACUGCUAGUGACUACCUACCUGUCAGGUCCUUCGCACUCAUCCUCCCUCUCCCACACACCUCAACCUUCCCAUUUCUCUUACAAGUUGGAGAAUAAUCUUACCCCACCUCCAGUAAUGGUACAUCUCCCCGAACCCCAUCAAGAUAAGGUGGAGACAGUACCAGAGGAGCAGGCCCUGAAGGAUGAUCCAGGACAUGAUGGCCGGGACCAGAUAGUGCCACCACCAGGAUUACCUCAAAAAAGAUCAGCAAGGCAGGAGGCAGUAGUUGCAGCCAUGAAGCAUGCCUGGAAAGGAUAUAAGACUUAUGCAUGGGGCCAUGAUCACUUGAGACCUGUCUCACAGACUCGUAGUGAUUGGCUCCGCCUUGGUCUCACCCUUGUGGAUGCCCUUGACACUCUCUGGAUCAUGGACUUACGAGAAGAGUUCAGUGAGGCAAGAGAAUGGGUAGCAACACAACUCAACUUUAAUCUCAACCAGGAUGUGAAUCUCUUUGAGACAACCAUCAGGGUUUUAGGUGGCCUUCUCUCCACCUAUCACCUCACAAAGGAGCAACUUUUCCUUGACAAGGCUGUUGACCUUGGUGAGAGGCUGGUGUCAGGAUUCAACAGUGGCUCUGGAGUUCCCUUUGCUGAUGUAAAUUUGUAUUCACGUCGUGCCUCCAAGCCAAAGUGGGGGCCAGACUCCUCAACGUCUGAGGUCACUACCAUACAGCUGGAGUUCCGAGACCUCUCUCGAAUCACUGGCAAUCCUAUCUUUGAGGAGAAGGCCAGCUUUGUGAGUGAGCACAUUCACAAACUUCCUAAGGUUGAAGGUUUGGUCCCCAUCUUCAUUAAUGCCCAGACUGGCCAGUGGCGGUCCCACUCCACCAUCACCCUUGGGGCACGAGGGGACUCUUACUAUGAGUACCUCCUCAAACAGUGGAUACAAACUGGACGGACUGUGGAUUACCUGCGAAUGGACUACAAUGAAAGUGUAUCAGGUAUGGAGCAUCUGCUGGCAGCACGUACACAACCUUCUAAGCUCCUCUUUUUUGGUGAACUUCACGGUAGCACCAAAAACUUUGUCAAUAAGAUGGAUGAACUCACUUGCUACUUGCCAGGAACAUUGGCCCUUGGUGUCCACUAUGGAAUGCCUCGACAUCAUCUGGACUUGGCACAGGACCUCAUAUACACCUGUGUUCAGACAUGGCUCAGGCAGCCUACACAUCUAGCUGCUGAGAUCAGCUAUUUCAACACCCAGCCCAAUACCAUGGAUGGAGAAGACUUCUAUGUGAAGAACAAUGAUGCCCACUAUCUGCUGAGGCCGGAGACCAUAGAGUCAUUGUGGUACCUUUACCACUUAACGGGCAAUACCACCUAUCAAGACUGGGGAUGGCAAAUGUUUCAGGGUAUUGAAAAAUACUGCAAAGUGGAGAACGGUUACACUUCCAUUGGCAACGUUCGCAGUGCUACAGAUACCAAGCCAAAGGACAAAAUGGAAUCCUUUUUCCUUGGUGAAACUCUGAAGUACCUCUAUUUGCUCUUCAUGGAGGAUCAGACUGCCUUCAGUGUGGAUAAGUGGGUAUUCAAUAGUGAGGCACACCCACUUCCCAUAUAUUCCCGCUAACCAGUUGUGCCCUCCGCAAGACUGCAGCAAAAUGAUAGAAGUCAGGAGGAAUGUCUCUCGGGGGACAUUUUCAUUUCUUCUGAUGUGUGAGAACUGUGAUAUAUUGCUGAGUAAGUCCAGUCAAUUUGCAGGCUUAUUUUCAUGGUUCACAUUCUUAUCCUAUCACUGAAUUCAGGUAUUUCUGGGGUGGCAAUUAUUUCCAUCAUCAUCAUCAUCAUUAUUAUCAUCUUUGACAUUAUUAUUAUCAUCUUCAUCAUCAUUGUCAUCUUCAAACAAAUACAAUACAACCUAUUCCCACAUUAACAGGGUGAGUGCUCUUCUAAUUACAUUCCUGGGUCCUUCAUUUCAACUUGAAGGUUGACAAUGCCUGAGGCUGUGCAGAUCCUUAUUUUCAUAAUUUUCACUCAAAACUUUUCUUUAUUAGUAUAUCAACCUUAGAAAAAUAUAUUUCAGAGAAAUUAAUCAAGAAGUGCUUGUGAAUAAGUGUAAGCACUAGGUCUUGUUAUUGUGAGGGUUAUGUUCUGUGAAAUAUCUUCAUAUAUGAAACUUAUGUAAUUGUAGAAAUUUAUUUGUGUUCCCUGACCACAUCCAUAUUUGAACACCCUAAAUGAUAGUUCUGACAGCUUUUCUAUGAUAGCAUUAAGUUGCUUUUGGACACAGUAGCAAUUUCUAUUUUUGGAACAGUAACCAUUAGUAAAGCAGUAGCAAUGCUCAUCUCUCAAGGUCUUAGUGUGUAAGAAGAGUCACACUGAACAAGCUGAAUUUAGAUAUAUAAAGCUAUUCGAAAAAGGAAGGAAUUUUCACAGUUGCUGAUGAUGUAAGGUGCAAUAUUAAGUCUCAUUGCAUGAAAUAGUUACUUUUCCAUAGAUCAUAUUAAGCAAUGUACCAGUUAUAACUCAGAUCAGUGACAACAAUUAUUAAUCUUUUUUUUUUUAGGUUAUCUGAGUCUUUAGCCAUAUAUAUAUAUAUAUAUAUAUAUAUAUAUAUAUAUAUAUAUAUAUAUAUAUAUAUAUAUAUAUAUAUAUAUAUAUAUAUAUAUAUAUAUAUAUAUAUAUAUUUGAUUUUGAAUAGAAUGUUUCAUUGGUGAUAUAGAAAUAUAACCUCAUGAGUUUAUUCAGUUUAUUCUCAAUUGAUACAGCAAAACUUCUUUUUUUUUCACUUUACCACUAAUAUUUUAUGUUCAGUUUGUUUAACUUAAACAAACUGAGCAUGUUUUAUACACAACACUAAUUGAAUUAAUUUCUCACCAUCUUAAGAUGCAUUCUGAACAACACCUAAAAUUUCUCUCCUUUGUUCAGACAUUUAGUUUUUUAGGGUUGCAUCUCAGUUCUUUACAUGUAUGAGACUAAGUGCCUGAUACAAACUGAGAAGGCACUUAGGUAGCAGUACAGAAGUCUCAGAACUUUCUAAUAGAGCUGAUGCUGUGGGUUGUGGGUGAGGUAGAAUUACACCAGAAGAGUGUUGAGGUGGAGUUGGAGUAGGUUCUACAGUUAGUGAUCCUUGAUGUGUCUGGUGUAUGUUUCUGUACAACUUGCAUGUAAAUUUUGGUUCAUAUAGAGAAUUAUCAUCACAGUUAGGGUUGUAGCAUGUGAGCAAAUCUGCACAUCAUGAAGCUGUAUCCUUGUAUAAAUUAACUGAGGAAGAAACACACUUGAUAAAUGGAAUUCAUUAAUUACCUAGCCUUUGUAAAUUGAUACAUAUUAAAUAACAAUCUUUCAUCACAUUAGCUCCUAUUGCUUUGAAUAAGUUUCUUUUGUGUAUUAAAAAUGAGUGUGUGAUCAAUAUUUUUUUAUAUUGUUCUCUUAUGAAGAACAAAUGAUGCUAUCUUGAAAUUCUUAAUAAUGAAUGUUUCUAAGAACUAGAAAAAAAUCUUCCAUCAGAAUUACUGGCUUUAAAAGGAUAUUCCAUCCUCCUCUUUCUGUUAACAUUUUGACUUGUUCAUUUUAUGCAUUUUUUUUUUUCAUCCAGUUCAUUAAGUAUUCAUAUAUAAAUCACUUUCUGCUUCAUGGCCUUCAUCUUUCACCUUUUUUGUAUGUUUUUUACUGCAGGUAAACUGAACAGGAAAACUGCUUGUGUGGAGCAGGUCUUUAAGUUCAACCUCUUAUAUCUGCACUACUUCAUUCCUUUUUAACUACACCUAAAACAUUUCUUGUAGUAAUUGUAGUUAUGAUAUUUUUUUAGUGGCAAAUCAUAACUUUUUUGUUGAUAAACAUUACAAGAUAUU